AUGAACCUUAUAAGUUAUAGCGGUUAUUCUCAUUAUAAAAUUAAUUCAAAGAAGAUUAUCACACCUACUGAAAAUGAAGAAUAUGGUUUAAUAAAAGAAGCACCAAAGCAUCAGGCUCAUUAUAAAGUUAUUAAUGAGUCUGAUACAAGUAAUUUACAAUUAGUUCUUUUCCAAUACCGCACCUGUCCAUUUUGUUGCAAAGUCCGUGCUUAUCUUGAUGCCAAGAGUAUUAGCUAUGAAAUUGUUGAAGUAGAUGCUGUUUUGCGACAAGCCAUAAAAUGGUCUAAAUACAAAAAAGUCCCUAUUGUGCUGGCAAAAGUCGAUGGAGGUUAUCAGCCGCUUAUGGAUAGCACAGCAAUUAUAUCCAUCCUUGAAACUUUCUUGCGAGACAAAACGUCACAGCUCCGCGACAUCGUUAAAUUUUACCCUCUCACAAGAUAUAUUAAUGAUGCUGGAAAAUCUACUACUGACAUAACCAAUAAAUACUUUAUUAUGAAUAAUUCUUCUGUACCAGACGAGAAUGAAAGGGCGGCUGAAAACGAGGAGCGGGAAUGGCGACAAUGGGCGGAUCGCGUGCUCGUACACACCCUCUCGCCCAAUGUCUAUCGUACGCCCGGUGAAGCUCUGGAGACAUUUAAAUGGUUCGAGGAGGUGGGUGGCUGGAAGAGGUCUUUCCCCAGCUGGGAAUGUGCGUUAAUGGUCUAUGGUGGCGCCGCUGCUAUGUGGAUUAUUAGCAAAAGGCUCAAAUCUAGGCACAACAUAGCGGGUGACGUAAGGCAGGCCCUGUACGACGCCGCCUCCACUUGGACUGGUGCCCUGAAAAAGAAAGGCACCCGCUUCUUGGGCGGGGCGCAGCCGAAUCUGGCGGAUAUUUCGGUUUACGGCGUGCUUAGCAGCAUCGAGGGCUGUCGCGCCUUCCAGGACCUGAGGGAGAACACAGACAUCGGCGAUUGGUACGACGCGAUGCGGAGGAGCAUGGAGUCCAAGAAGGGCAGGGUCUUGGCGGUUGGCGCC